AACGUGGUUGAAGAUCAUUAGCUUAAAACAUAUAUGCUAUGCAUUCCGAGCUAGUUUUUUGUGACGUUCUAGAAUUAUAAUGUAACUUCAAUCGCCAAAAAAUGAAACGUGGAGAUACAUGUUCAAAACCCAUAAAUUGGGGUCAUUAUAGUGAUAUGGAGUAUAGUAAAAAGGAAAAGGCGCCUUACGGUAACACAACAAACAGACUUCAUGAAUAUCUAAGGGACUUGCGAUGGGGAAUGUCCAGUACAUAUGAUGAUUCCCAAAAUAAAAGCCAAAAACAGAAGAAAAAUGAAAAUGCAAGUGUUUACUCUGAAAAUCAUCCUCAUAGACAAGCUCAUGAUGCUCAAAAAAAGGAGACAAAUGAUCCGUCGAAACGAGAGUCCCGUUUGCGUGGGACUGUGCCCGAUUCACAAUUCGCUGAGAAAAGUGCAACAUGUCGUAGAAGGCGUAGUCCAAGGUCAAGCAAAUACGAAGAUUACACUUCCAUUCUAUAUGAAACUGCAUUAGAUGAGGUAUUCAAGAUGAAAGAGUUUGUGCAAGAUGAGUUCAUGUCAAGCCAAAGAUAUAUGGGUCGUGAAAGUGAAACAUCAACAGAUGACGAAAGUCCGAUGAUAUUGGAACAUGAAAUUCACUUCGCUGACCCAGUAAGUACAGUAGGAUCUGAAUCCGGUAUUAGCCAAGAAAAUAGCACUAAAAGCAACAGUAUGUAUACAAAUUCCUACCCUGAUAAGGUGCUUAAACCACAAUACUCUCAAGAAUCUAAAUCGUCGGCAAAUGAAUUUGAAGUUAGUCCAUCGGUUGACGUAAAAUUAGAUCAUGAUUCAUUUGAUUCAAAAGAGUUUAAUGCACAAACGCCUCCAGUUGAUCAUGGUUGUCACGCCUUAGCUCAAUCCUUGCGAACUAUUGCUAAUCAGUUAGAAUCUAUGCCCAUGCAUCGAAUUGCUCACCAGCGUAGUCUUGAGGAACUUUGUAAAGUUUUAGCACGAGACAACCAUUUGAAACAUGAAGAAUUGUUACAACUGCAAAACCAAAUAACUGUAUAUGAUGAAGAAAAGCGUAAACUUGAAGAUAAAGUAAUUAAUUUAGAGGCAGAAAUAAAACGUUUAAGCAACCACAACAAAGAAGUGAGACAAUCUGAUGAAAGCAAGGAAACAGAAAAUCAUGUGGAUAGAGAAAUUAAUGAAUUGGAAACGUUGCCUCCUGUGACAAAAGAGUACAGUGAUUUCACCCAUCAACAACGAGCUUUCAUUAAAUCUUUACAGAGCAGCCUUUAUAUAGGCAGUAAGCAGUCAUCAUCUCCAACAUUCCAGGCAGAGCUCUACCGUGAUAUAAGGGCAAUGCCUGAUGUGGUCAACUGUAGACAACUGGUCGAAUUCAUUAAUGGAGGUAUUCGCAGCGAUGCUGAUGUGUUGCAUACACGUAUAAAACAUUCUGCUUUGAAACAUGGUGUCAAGAGAAUAUUUGUGGAGGAGCAUCUUUCUCCAUUUACUAAUCGCUACCCCUACCCAAGUGAAUUCGAACAACUUGUGAUAGCGGAGAUGGAAAAUAGUCAUCCAAAUAGGAGGUUCAGUAUGGAUCCUGCCCAGUCUAAUGAUUUACAUCGUGAGCAAAUGGGAAUUGUUUUAAAUCGGGUUGUAUUGCGCAGUAUAUUCAAAUAUAGUCAUAUACACAACUUGUAUAACUACUUGUUUAUUGCAAUGUAUUCCGAUAACUUUCGAGUCUGUGACAUAUUGAAGGAAGGCAUAUUACAUAGAUUUCUUGACUUUCAAAUGGUUCCCAAUUAUGCGGAACGUAUCAGGCAUCCAGUAAUGUGGAGCUUUGGUGAUUCAUGCAAUUCCACACAAUCGUACAGGUAUCUAAAAAUGCUAGAAUUCGAUUUUGAGAAGUUUCCAUCUGAUCCUCACGAUGGUGAGAAUUUGUGGCAUCGCAUAGUGAAGGGAGAUGCUAUUGCCGUGGCUCAAGCGUUAAAACCCUACAGUAUACAUACAGAUUAUAUGUAUAAGCCUAAUCAGAGGGGUGAAACACCAUUAGAUAUUGCCAAGGGUAAAAUGCGUAAGGAACUGCUUGGGCUAGCAGUAGUUGAAAUUGCGUCAAAAGGCUCAAAUAAAUACAAAGAAGAUGAUUUCGAAGGGGCUUUGACUUUGUACUGCGAUGCCAUAACAAAGCAAUUGGAAGCGCUAUCCAUAAGUGCCCCGACGGAUAGUUUACAACGAGAUGUUAAUUUGGGAAAAUUAUACUAUAAUAAGGCAAGAAGCCUGAUGCAUCUAGAUAGAUGGACUGAAACUGUCGAGGCCUGUGAACUAUGUAUUGAGCACAUUCCCAAUUAUACAAACGCGUAUGUCACUUGUAUACAGGCCUAUGAAAAAUUGCUUGAUUGGGAUAACGCCGUAAAAACUUGUUACCUGAUGCGUGAAAACUGUGGUGUUGUAGAUGAUGAGAAGAUGGCUGCAUUGAGAUCACAAAUAGGAGCAACGAUGUUCCAAAUAUUGGGCUUACCAAGUACAGCCAGUCCUAGAGAAAUUAAACAAGCUUUUAAUCAACUUUGUAAGCAGUGGCAUCCCGAUAAAUUUGGUAAAGAGCCUAUGAAUGCAGAUAUAAAGAGAAGAGCAAUGAAUCAAUUCAACCGACUCUAUGAGGCCCGAGAAAAGUUAUUAGACGAUGGCACAAGGAUCGUGGAGCAAUCGCGACCAGAAACCCAAUACAAUCCACCGGAUCCUAUGAUAGAGUCGUCUAGAAAAUACUCAGAUAAUGGUGAUCCAAAUUCUGCUAAAAUAGAACCGUUGCAAAAUCACUUGUCUAAGCUAAAAUCGGAGUCUCAGAAUGAAACAGUGGUAGAUGAGAACCUAAUACAAAAUGCAAUGGACCAUUUACAGCACCAAAUAGACGGAAUGUCUUAUACGAAGUCAUGAAAUUCUGCCCAACAUCACAUUUUAAUAAAGAUCUAUCGUAUUAUGCUUAUUCAGAUGAACAUUGAUUUUA